CUCUUUUAGAUGGGCUUGUUUGUACAUUUUAAACAAUAAAAGAAGGGGCAAUCUUUUAAAAUCACUUUUAUGACAUUGAGACCUUUCUUACAAAUUGAUGAUGGAAAUGUGUUUUGAGAAUGCCAGUGUUUGAUAUUAAAAAUCUUUAGAAGUUGUUGGACUUGAUUGUUCCCGUUCUUUAUAAACAAUGAGUUAAAUAUAAGAUGGAGUAUUUUAUCAACUUGUCACUUACCUACUAUAUCUGUUGUUAACCCAUGUGGGGUUGUUUUUGUUUUUUUGAGUACUGUAACUUAUCUAAUUAAUUUUGAACACAGCUAUUCUAGUUGUUGCUAUUCAGCCCUUAAAAAGACAUUUUAAUAGUUCACAACUCCUUGAGUGAAAAGCAUUCCAUUCUUUUUGAACCAGUUUGUUGACCCCCCAACAAGUCUAUUUUCUGCGUGGCUCAACCAACCAUAUUGCCUCCCCCUUUCAGUCUUCCCUGCAUGAUGGAUGUGCUGUGAGUGAGAGGAGGUGUGGCCGGAAAGCAUUGAGCUCUGGAGAUCCCUGCUUUCUGCAAUGGCACUUUGGGGGCCAUUGAAGGCAACAUAAAUUAGAACCACCCUGAGACUGCUCUGAUUUGCAUCAGGGGCCAAACUAGUACAAACAACUUUGCCCACAUGUUCCCGACCUCUCCAGGUCCUGUGUCAAGCACAGUAUAGUGGACUAGGGGAUUGAGGGCAUAGAGUUUAACACUAGUUCAAAAGCUACAGUUCAUAGCAAAGAUUUAUACUCUGCAUGCAUAACUUUGGCAUCAGGGUGCUUUACUCUAUUUAAAAACCUAUAGUUUACAAAAUAAUGGUCUAUUUAAACAGAAGGUUGCCAGACUCUGGCAUUGCCAGGCCAGCAGUGAAAGCAGGUUUCAGAAGAUUGGUCCCUACAGAGGAUGCUUUGGUAUCAAGUCACAGAAAGGUCAGUUCCAGAAACUCACUGCAAGAGCAACCCAGCAGAAACAAAGAUGAAGAUAUGAAAGGCUGUAGGAAGUAAAUCCUUGAUUAAAAUGUGUAAAUAACAAGUCAUCAGCAGGCAUCAAAGGACUGUGGUAGUCAUACAUCAUGUGAGUUUUAAAAAGUGUUUGUGGGCUGCUGAAUUUGUCCAUUGGAAUGGAAGCCAUUUUGUAAUUCACCUAUCUUAUCUGAGACUGAACUUCUGAGUCUUGAACCUGAAAUUAAUUUAUUUUAGUAGACACAUGCUACACCCCACAAGUGAAAAAGAUGGGGGGAAAUCGGACACAGCACUCUUACCUUGAUAAUGGCAGAGGCGGGGGGAUGCUUCAUUAGGUAACCAGGGAUCCAAAUCCUCCUGUUUCCAGAUUUAAGCUCAGCAACCUAGAGUCAGAAGAAGAGGCCUCAUGGGGAUUGAGAAAAUGUUCUUAAAGCAACCAUACAUCCAUGCUGGUGCUGAAAAUAUUGUGAAAGGACAGCUGCAGGUAUCCUGGCAUCAUGAUUUCACUCAAAUUAGUGAGCAAGGUAAAAUGUGUGCUCUAGAUCAACAGCUCCAAAGAGGAGGAAGACUAAGACUACUACACUGGAAAGCUUGUGAGCAGAUUAAAUUUAGAAGUGUUAGAUUAAUGUAGUUGACUAUUUCAUUUCCAAGUUGAUGCUGCUUACUCAAAUAAUGCACAAUAAUACGUUGCUGAGGGAUUGUCAUAUGAUUAAGAUGUUGCUUAAAAUGUAAUCGCACUCCUAGCAAUCCAAUCACAGGAGACAAUUUAGAAGCUUGAUAUUUGAACCAUGGAAGAGGGGAAAAGACAGGCGGAUUCUACAGACACCUAAGUCUUUCUUAGAACUGUUAAUCGGUGACAUUUUGCCUUGGACAUAUCUUUAUUUUGCAUUGUUUUCUGAUAAAUUAUCUUCCCUGUUAUGCUCAUAAGAAAUUGUGGUUGAAACUUCUAUGUUUCUAUGGUCUGUUUAAUUUGGAAAAUAUAUUUUUGUUUUCUGUAUGCACAACAAAUACCAAUAAAGAAAUUAUUUUAACACUGUGUUUGCACAAUAAAAUUAUGCAUUCAACAGGUUUCUGUUGCCCUCCAGAAAAAUUGUAACAAGUAAUAUACUUGCUUCUUGGCAGUGACACAAAGAUAGUUAAAAAGAAAAUAAAAAAUGUGUUAGAGCUAAGGUCAAGGUGGUACAUUUGCGCAUAUAUAUAUAUAUAUAAAUAAAAUGCUUCAUACAGAGUUCUGAUACACAUAUCAGAAAUUUAAAAUUUAAUGAAAAUAAAGAUAUUUUUUUUAAAAUUGGAAAUGCCAUUUGAAUCUUUGCCUCUAAUUCCUUUGGGGCUGAAAUUUGGCAUGUGUGUUUCAGCUAUUAGCUGUUGGAGUUCUAAAGUUGCUUGUUUCAAAAUACAGAAUGCUACUUGAGAGGUUUUAGAUAUUGGAGGCAUGCAUUCAUUUGACUCAAGCGUCUGCAAGUUUUAUUAUCACAGAGGAGGUUUUUUUGGCAACUCAGUUGCUUUGCAUGUUUUAAGAUAUUUAAAUGUUAAAACAAUAAAUGGUACAUUCUAAGUAAUGCAUUUUGCUAUCAUAACCUUUUAGGGGCAGAUCCUCAGCUGGUAGCAUUGCAAUAUUGAAGUCAGUAUUGCUACAUCGACUUAUGCCGGAUGAAGAUCUGACCUUUCAAAUAUAAAGUUACUUGCAUGAGCUAGUCUUAUUACAACCACAUUUAAAUGUUUGAAAGGCCUUUGUCCUUCUCAGAAAAGCUUAAAUGGCCAUCAGAAAUGCUAAGGCAGGCUGUGGCGAAAGAUAGUGAAGCUUCAUACUAUCCCCCAAAUUCUGAGUGGGGCUGAGUACCUGAUGCUUGUCAACACCACUCUGAAUUUGCCCCUCUACCGUUGUAUCUAUGCAAGAAAACUUUGUACCUGUUUUCCAGCCAGAGUGCAAGCUCUAAGACGUAGACAGGGCUCAGGCAUUUUUAUCACUGUGUCAUAAAAAUGUGCUCAGACUAGGUUUUGUUGAGUGGUCAUAGUGGCGGUAGUACCUGAGCCGUUGUCUGCAUUAGCGUUUGUAGCAUUGAUAGUCUAGGACCAACUGCACAGUGGAGGGUAAUGGGAACAGCAUUUUCAUGUCUAGUUUGAAAAUUUCAAAUCAGUGCACUUUUAAAGGAAGACGUGAGGAAAAUCUCACUGCUUUGUAAUAUCAUGACUUCUGUUACUUAGCACAAGGAGCAGACAAAAGCAAAAGUGACUUAUUUGACCUAUAAGAACUUACUACAAUAUCCUAAUGUUGAUUGGGUCAAAAAUCAAUCUGCCCUGAUUAAAAAUAAGGAUUGAAGGGCUAACCAACCUACUUUUUUGUUUUCUGGUGUCAUUUAGUGUGUGUUGGCCACAUAUCCCUAGUAGGAGCCAUCUGUUCCCCUCGCCACAUGUUGUUCUUGGUUCCUUUCUGCCUGUGUAAUAUAGUUGUAAAGACAGGGUUUCUCAAAUUUGUUCAUAAUGUGGAUGAUGAUGUAACAAUGAGAUUGUCUUAUGGGCAACUCCCUUCCAAUUUGCGAUUAUGCAGAUGAUCUUCCAUUCAGGAUUGUAUGACAUCCUUGUGAUGAUCACAGAAAUUUCCUUAUAUGAAAAAAUAACAUUCGGAACCUAUGUAAUAUCUUUUUAGUGGCUUUCAUGCAGUGUAGAAGCUGUAAACAAGGAGAACCAGCACAGUGGGACCAGCCAGCUCUCUUUGGAUAAUGAGCAAGUGCUCCACAGACCAUAGUUUGGGAGCUUCUGUGUUAGGAGCAAUUGAUAUUGUGGUCAGGAUACUUGGAUUGGUGGUGAUGUCUUGCUCAUUUUGUAAGUCCUCACAGUGAACCUUGCCACUCCAUGACAAAUUUCUCCUGGAAAUCAAUCAGACGGCUUCUGUUGCUGGGUCUCUGUCAUUGUAUCAUGCUAUGGCAGCAUCCCAAUUUGCUUUCCUCUAUUUCCUUAUUACAUUUAAAUUUUCUUAUUACAUUGCUCACUUGUUAACCAAACAGCUGUUUAGACUUGGUGUCUAAACAGAUGACUUGUUUAUAAUAUUCAUAGGUUGGUUAAUGUUUAAAAAGAGAUGAGAGAAUCUGGGUCUGAGCUGCUGUUCUGCCAUGCUAAGGACAGGGGUAUUGCAGAGUAAGGUCUGUGCAUUGCUAUAAUCUGAUGUAGCAGUACUUUGCUAGCUCUGUCACCUGAAGAAAGAUGUUAGUAGAGACUCAUUGCUACCUAUGUGGGGGGUGAGGAUCUAAGUCAAUCAGCACAUUCUUUUAAAGCUUCACAAAUAUUUGUAAUUAAUACAAGUGGAGGAGCAGCUUGUUAAUGUUAAUGAUGUUAAUGACAAAGACCUUCCACUGAGGACCUGAUCUUAACAUAGAUUGAUGUUGUUUGGCUAGCGUGUGUAAAAGGGAAGGAAACUGAAGAGCCAAUGAAAAACAUGCUUAAUUAAGUGUGAAAGGUACUGUCCUUGUUAACGACAUGACAAGAUCCGGUAAAGAGCUUAGCUGGCCAGAUUAAAACUAAAAAAUUGUCUCCUCAAUCCAUCUGCUUACUCCAAGGAGCUUGCUUUCAGCACCUUUUGUUAUUUCUGAAAUGAAGUGGAAUACUGUACUUCCUUUGCGAAGAAAAUAAUCUCUGAAACAUUUUGGCUGGCUUUUGUUGUGGUUUAAUAAUAAUAAUCCUUUUGUCAAAGACAAUUAUAUGUGACGUCAGUAAAUUUUCGAGAAGAGAAGGCAACUGACUGUGUGUUAAAAAGGGAUUUUUUCCCCCCUUGUAUUUGUUUUUUAGCCAAAAUAAAUAUGCUGAACUUUCCUUGGAAAAUCCAUCUGGGUGUCUUGAUUUUUGUGUUGAUUGAAGGGGAUCUUCAAGUAUUUACAGCAGAAACUUACUCAGCUGCAGAGGAAAUUGAGGGUAAGGAUGCUACACCAACAACUCAACCCAAUGGCGGGCAAUUAGUAAACCCUUCGCUGUCUCCUGAGUCAAGACACCAUACUGAAUUCAUGGGAAAGGAACAACUCAACAGGCAUAUGUUGUUUCGAAGGAAGAGGUCCAUCCUGUUUCCUAGUGGAGUUAAAAUUUGUCCAGAUGAGACUGGUGAGCAGGCCAUUGCCAACCAUCUGAAAUACUUCAAACUCCGAGUGUGCCAGGAAGCCGUCUGGGAGGUCUUCAAGACAUUCUGGGAUAGACUUCCAGCACGUGAAGAAUAUCAGUACUGGAUGAGUUUGUGUGAGGAAGGAACUAUGAGCAUAUUUGAAAUGGGCACAAACUUCAGUCAGUCCGAAGAGCACCAGAACCUGAUUAAGAAGAAACUGUCCUAUAUGAAAGAAGAAAUGGAUAGCGCCUGCAGUGAUUGGUCCUGUGGCUCUGGAAUUCCAACACCUUCUCCAGCUGCUGAUGCUACCACAUUAAGAGAUGCAGCUGCCAAUGUCCCAUCUCCUCAUGAGGUCUCCAUUGAGAGUCCAUCAGAUUAUACCUUCAACAAGAAUGAAGACUCAGAUGCUAGCAUCAACAAUGAGAUCAAGAAGGAGGAUGGGAAGCUGAUGAAACCUGUUCCUGACCAGAUGGUUGAGUUCAGCAUCCUUAUUUUGGGAGAGAAAUACACUGAGGAAUUGAGUGACCCAUCCACCAUGCAGCAUCAGCUACUCUCAGAACAAUUUAUUUCUCAGGUAAAAAAUGCAUUUGAAGGAUUAUCUGGAUACAAUAAUAUCCACGUGCUGGAAUUCAGUGGCGUGGAGGUUCACUACGCUGUCACGUUUGUUGGGGAAGCCAUCAGCAAUGCCACCUGGGACCUUAUUAACCUUCAUUCCAACAAAGUGGAGGACAACUCCUUCGUAGAACUUGAGGAUAAGCCAACUGUUGUUUACACAAUCAGUGACUUCAGAACUUAUAUUGCUGAAAUCCUUCAAAAGAACUCUUUCCUUGAAAAUGUCUCUUUGACCUUGGACCCUGACUCUCUCCAGCUCAUUAAUGUGAAAGAAGUUGUUUCCCCUGCACCCGAAGACACAUCCAGGAUUACUGAAAAUCCAAUUGUUUUUGAGUCUCCAGUAGUUGAUGAUGAUAAUGCCCUUUUAGCUGAGUGGCCCUCUGCAGACGCAACAACUGCAAGCAAUAUCUUGCCACUUGAUUUCACCAAAUCAGGUUUCACCUUUGAUAUUGAACAGUCCAAUGGCAAUGAAAUCUGGUUAAGAUCAGAAAACCUGGACUCUGAGAACAACAUGAAUUCAACACCAAAGGCUGUCCUCACUUCUUCUCCUGGUGGAAUGAGUCUAGAGGAAAGGAGCCAGACUCUUCAUUCUGUCACCCCAUCAAUAUUAGAAAAUGGCUCUCCUGUGGACUCUCAGGAAUGGCUGUCUAUCCCUGCUUCUUUAGAAGAUGAUGCUGGAGUGUCGGAAGGCAUUCUUCUGCCUUCCAGUCUAUACCCUCAUCUUGCAUCAAAAGAAAUGCCAUCCACAGUCAUUUCUGUGGUUCCUCCGACUUCUAUACCAACAAUGGCCUCUACAUCAGAAACAGAGCCUAAUAAUGAGGGAGUGAUCUCUACAGAGAAGGCAAGAGAAGCCAUGCCCAUUGACAUAGACUCUAUAUCCCGUGACAGCCUGGAGGAUGGAGAAGUUUAUCUAGAGGUGAACUCUCUGCAACCCGAUCUGUAUCCAGGAGGAGAAAUUAUUUAUGAGGAUGGAUCUGGAUCAGCAUUUGAUGCUUCAGGUAAAGAAGCAUGGCCAUGGGGCAUAGCAACAGUAGAGCCAGUUUUCUACCGUCUUCCUGAAAGCUGGCUGAAAGAGAAAAAUGAUUCUCUGUUAAUCAGAGCACAGGAUACUCCUGAGGGACAGAUCCUGGAUUAUAUAAUUGAUUCUAUAGAGAAAUUAAAUGAUAAUCCUGAGGAUGGAGGCAUGACCAAUGCAAGAGGGGAAUUCACUGAUGACUCUGAAUCAAAUGUACCUGGACUUUCAGAAACUGCAACUCAGCAGAUGCCUAUGUUAUGGACACAAGAAACCUCGAAUGUGGAACUGUCCAUGCAAACAUUAGAGGCAUCAGGCAUGUCUGAUUAUUCUUCAUCCUUUGCAUAUGAGCCCUCAGUGGACUAUUCUUCUUUAGAUAUGGCAGAUGAACAGACCUCCAUCUCACCACAUGAAAAAGAUACCUCUAUAGAAGAUCAUCUCCUUACAUCUACAGAGACAUUCAAUGUUAAACAAGCUGAAGAGUCCAGUGAGAAUCAUCAAAUCAUUUAUGAAGCACUAGGAAACCAAAACAAGGAAGGGACAAAGCCAGAAGAACUAUCCACAAUAGUCCAAUCAGGUGUAGCAGUUACAAUAGGACACCAAGACAUGGAUUCCUCAUGGAUGGGGCUCCUCAAGCCAGAAAUAGUACUGACAGCAACUCCUACGAUGGAAAAUAUAGUCACUGACAUUUUCAUGGAGGAGCAGCAAAUUCCAGAUUUGCACUUGACAACUCAACAAGUUUCUGGAUCAUUUGCUGUGAAACCAAUAAAUAUUUGGCCUACUCACAACACUGAAAGGGCAUCUGAGAAACCUGCAGAUCAAGACAUGCAAUCUGAAGCACCGACUAAGGUUGAAGUUUCAACGAUAGCUCCUUAUUUACUGGAGCUGGCGACUGGUUCAGAGGAUUUCACUGGACAGUCUAGUACAGACCAUGACACUAGUACCCCUAGUAGCUUAAAUAUGGCAGUGGGUUCUUUUGCAACAGUGACUAUAACAAAGAAUCCUAUUGGUUCCCUGUCCAGUUUCCCUACUACACAGUAUACAGUUAGCUCAAUAAAAUUGGGGGAGGACAUGACUACAAGAGUGCUGGAUCAUGUGGGCACAAUGUUGUAUCCUCAUGAGAUGAACCUGGAAGAAAGAAGUAUGAUUGAUAGUCGCAUGGAGGUAUCUACCAAUGUUCACUCCACAGAGAUGGCCAGCAUAGCUUGGCCCACGCAUGCAAAUCGCAACGCUACCACGUCCUCACGAGCUUUAGUGGUGUUCUUUAGCCUCCGUGUUACCAACAUGAUGUUUUCAGAGGACCUAUUCAAUAAAAAUUCCCCAGAAUAUAAGGCACUGGAGCAACGAUUCUUAGAACUGCUGGUUCCCUACCUCCAAUCCAAUCUAACAGGUUUCCAGAAUCUCGAAAUCCUGAACUUCAGGAAUGGCAGCAUUGUGGUGAACAGCCGCAUGAAGUUUGAAAAACCUGUGCCUCGUAAUGUCACGAAUGCGGUCUAUAUAAUUCUGGAAGACUUCUGCAACACUGCUUACCAGACCAUGAACCUGGCCAUUGACAAGUACUCCCUGGACGUGGAAUCAGGAGAUCAAGCUGAUCCUUGCAAGUUCCAGGCUUGCAAUGAGUUCUCCGAAUGCUUAGUAAAUCGCUGGAGUGGUGAGGCAGAGUGUGUUUGUUAUCCUGGCUAUCUAAGCAUUGAAGGAUUGCCCUGUAAUAGCAUCUGUGACCUACAACCAGACUUUUGCCAAAAUGAUGGGAAGUGCGACAUAAUCCCAGGACAAGGGGCCAUAUGUAGAUGUCGUGUAGGUGAGAACUGGUGGUACAGAGGAGAGCACUGUGAAGAGUAUGUCUCAGAGCCAUUGGUUGUGGGUAUCGCAAUUGCUUCAGUGGCUGGCUUCCUUCUUGUGGCAUCCGCUGUAAUUUUCUUCCUGGCCAGGACCCUUCGAGACCAGUACUCAAAAAGUGACACUGAGGACUCUUUAGGGCAGGGUGAUAGCCUCUCCUCCAUUGAGAAUGCAGUGAAGUACAACCCUAUGUAUGAGAGUGAUACCACUGGGUACAGCCACUACUAUCGGAGAUACCCACAGCUCACCUCAUACAGCUCUACCAGUGCAGAGACGUCCACAGACUACAGCAGUGAAGAGAUAAGGCACAUUUAUGAGCAUAGUGAGCUCACAAAGGAGGAAAUCCAGGACAGAAUACGGAUUAUAGAGCUUUAUGCCAAAGAUCGGCAGUUUGCAGAGUUUGUUAAACAACAUCAAAUGAAACUGCUUUAAAAAAAAAAUUUGAAGCCAGUAGAAGUGGAAGGUGACCUUGUUGCCCUAGUAACAGGGCACACACGAAACUGCAAAGUUACGUAUAGUCUUUAUGAUGUAUGGAUAUUAAACACGGCUGGUUGGAUGCAGAUGUUUUCUAAAUGAAUGAUUAACUGUAAGAAUAUUUAUCUGGCUUUUGUGAGUACAGUUAUGACAGUAACCAGGGAUCAUGAAAAUUUACUUUUUUACUUAUUUUAAUUAGGGAAAAAGCAUUUCCUGAACUGGACAUUGAAAGUUUGUGCAUGUAUUUUCUCAUCUCGAAGAUUUUUUGCUUGGUGUGCAAAGAAAAAAUUAAAAUGAAAUACAAGUUUUUCAUGUUACUCUGGUGUUUUCCUGUUUCAAAAGUAAAGUAUUAGUGGGGGGAAAUAUUUGGGUUGCAGGUGAGGGGUUUAUGGGAGGAUACUGGUUCUGCUCAAGUGAUACUAGCAUUAUUUUGAUAUUGCCCAAUAAUAAUCCCAGACAAAAUGUAUCAUCUUGCUAGAGAAUUUGUUUUGUACGGCUGGCUGAUUUACCCUCGUUCAUUGCUCACGACUAAAAUAAAUAGUCAUGUACUUCAUAAGGUUCAGCUUGCAGCUCUCAUGACACUUUUUAAUUGCUUUUAAGACAAAAUAAUUCAAUGUUGUUGGCUUUCAACUGCCACAUGUCAGCUUGGGCAGUUGGUGCAAUACUUAGUGGUUGCCACCAAAAGAAAUACUAGAAUGUGUGCGUGUUCUGCUUCUCUCUGUUCCAGAUUGGGGCAAACAAGGGCUAGACCCCCUCCCUGCCUUUACAGAACAUUUCUAGAUAAUUACAUAACUAAACUAUAGAAGCAAAAAUAAAAAUUCUCUACGAUGAUAGUUAGUAAUUUUGUUCCCUAUGAUUGGUUAUUUUUAUAAUGGCUUAAUUGUGCUACAAGACUACUUAUGCCACCAUUCUUGUUGUUUAUUCCUUUGGCACUGAAUUUCUCCCCUUAGGAUUGUAUGCAUCCAUCCUUCAACUAAAGCCAACUGAAUACCAGAUAAAAUUCAGCUGACAUAUUUGAAUAAUACAUUAGUCAACCACUAGCUCUAUUUCAAAAUCAGGCCCUGUUUACUUUUGAGUCAGAGCGUAGUAUUUACCAAUCAAUAAUAUAUUUUAUACUUUUGCCUCCUCAGAUGUCAGCAACCUCUAAUGGGAAAAAGUGACCUCACUUCUGGCUUAGGGGAAACCUAAUGUUAAGUCUUUAAACUAAACUACUUUCCAGAUUUAGUUACUUAAAAAUAAUUGUUUUUAAGGGCAUAUAUUAUAAAAAUGUGCUUCCAAUUGCCAAUUUGGACCUGUAUUUUGAACUCUCAAAAGUUCCCUUGGGUUUCGUAUGGCUUAUUGAGGAGGGUGCCAGUAUGAAAUUUGGAUCUGGAUCCAGGUUUGAACUUCAAGCUCAGGGAUGUUCACAUCUUUAGUAUUUAAUACUAAACAGUAAUAUUUUCCCACCUGAUUUAAUACCCAGUGAACAAUGAAGUUAGUUUUUUAACCAAGGUGGUAGUCCAGAGGCCCACAAGUGCCAACAGACCCCUCCUUGCCACUUUUCCAGUGCAUAUUACAGUUUAGUCAUGGUGAGAGCUACUUACCUUCCUAAUUUAGACAGCUGGGCUGCACAAGAUGGGGGAGACUGCUGUGAAGAAAAACACUUAAUUUUUUUUAGCGCUCCACAGCUGGUGUGGGAAAACACUUCACCAGAUUGUUGGGUUAUUCUCAAUUUCAGUGCUAGGGGUAAGGACUCAUGGUUUAAGUGUCAAGCUGGAAAUCAACUUUUAACAGCCCAUGAACAGUGAUUAGUUGGUGCUUAGUAAUGCCAUAGUCUAUGAGCCAGAUCUUGUGGAGUAGUGUGAUCACUGGGUGCUGCACAAUCUGUCUCUAAAGAUGACUUUCGUGGCCCUCAGGUACUGUAAAGAUGCACCACUUUCCCUCCCUGCUGGAGCAGGGAAAGGGGGCAUAGCUGGGAUAUUGCUCUGUUACACCAAUCCUCCCCUUCUGUUUUGGGCCCCUAUAAUCUAGUCUAGUUGAGAAGAAUAGCAGAAUCAGCGUGGAUGCAAAAUUAAACUUUAAGAUACGUUUGCAUAGCACCCCUGCAGUUAUGUUUCUUUGCAGUUGGGUUAUAACUAAGAAUGAGAUGCUAAAACUUAUAAAAAGGUGCAUUUUCAAUAUGGUGCCCAAGGAAUAAACCACUCCCCUCAACCUUGACGCUUCAUGCCUUCUGGUGUGCUGUACUGACAACUUACUUCACAAUCCAGAUGCAAGUUAAAUGAGCGACAUACCUGAAUCCUGGAUCUGAACAGUACUGAAGUUUAGGAUUAGGGGGCCUUGAAAUUUGAACCUAAAGCCAGAUCUAAAUUUCAUGGUUGUUAAUCCCUUCCCUUCAGUGAUCUGAAACAAAAUUGCAUCGGUAAGGGUUGAGAUUAGGAAUUGAAUCUUGCAUCUUGGGCCCAUCUCUAGUUAAAGCUAAACCCUAGUCUAGUGGUCCCAUCCAUAAGCAGUAGCCUAGAAGAGGUGCUGGUCACACUGAACAUGUGGUAUUUCAUUGUACAUACAGGGAAUAUUUUUCUUUUUGUAUAUAAAUGUCUUAUUUUCACUGCAAUAAAUGUUUGUUUCAAGAAUGUGUCUGUAUUCUCCUCCUCCCCGCCCCUUAAAACCUUGACCAGUUUUUAAAAUUGAUGUGGAGACUAUGAAAACAUAAUGGGAUGGAACGGCAAAGGCAUUUAUUUUAUAAAGUUGUAAAUGAACAUUUGCACUACUUGGAACAGGUUUUUAAUCAAUCUGGUAGAACUGUUAAACUCAUUUGUUAAUAAAAAUGCCAAGUAAAUUUCUCAA